AUGUGCGCUCAGAACAGAGAAGAGAAACUUCCUGGACUGUAAACAGCACGAGGCCGACGGGUUUGAUGCGAGAUAAACGCUAGUUGGGAGUAAAUUAAAAAAAGUUUGUGAGGAGGAUCAUGAGCCGUGGAGCUAAAAGUAAAACGGAGAGCAUCCCAAGCUCCAUGCUGAGCCUGCAGGAGAAUGAGAGACUGGAGGAGCUGCUGGGCAGAAGGUGUGCUUCCAUGGCCUCUGCAGUGGCUCAGCUGCUCAUGGCUCUGCCUCACAGUCCCUCGGUGUGGAAACUGCAGCACACUGGAGUGGUCUGCUUCGUGAAAGACAACCCUCAGCGCUCCUACUUCAUUCGCAUGUUUGAUCUGAAGUCAGAGAGACUAGUCUGGGAGCAGGAGCUCUACAACCAGAUUGUCUACAACACGCCACUGCUGUACUUCCAUACCUUUGCUGCAAAUGACUGUCAGGUGGGACUGAACUUCACGGACCAACAGGAGGCAGAUGACUUCUAUAAGGCUGUCACCGAGAAAAUCGACCAAAGACACAACCGACAAGAGAAGAAACACCGCCCACCUCCGACAAGUGAUAGAGGCUCCCUGCCUCCACUUCCACCUGAAAAAGCACCACCUGGCAGCCCUGGUACUUUUCACAUGACCACUGUGGACAUCCAAAACCCAGACAUCCAGUCGUCCCGCUACCGAUCCAUGCCUUCGCCCACUGUCCCCUCAGUGGCCUCCAGCAAAGGAAAGAAGGACAAGAAGAACAAUAAAAAAGGCCUCAAACUUUCCAAAGCAGAUAUAGGAGCACCCAGUGGGUUUAAGCAUGUAUCACAUGUAGGAUGGGACCCCAACAACCUGGACCCUGACCUGUUCAAAAUACUGUCCAAAGCAGGCGUUGCUGAAGCCGACCUCAGGGACGAGGAGACCUCUCAGAUGAUCUAUAAUGCCAUAGAGGAGCAUGGAGGGAUGGAGGCGAUCAGAAGGGCGGCGCAACAAGUUGGUGGACCUCCUUCUCCAUUUGGCAGACUGGGGCCUCUGCCUCCUGUGCCGGGCUCCAGCCCCUCUGCUCCAACCCCUCCACCUCCACGGAGUCGCUCUGGCCCCCUGCCCCCCAUCCCAGGUCAGACCCAACGAGGCACCCCGCCUCCCCAGCCACCUCCAUCCCGCGGGGGUUUUCCUCCACCUCCUCCUCCAUCGAGCCGAGGCGGUCUGUCUCCUCCUCCACCACCAUCCCACUCUGCAGCUCCUCCGAUGCCCCCGCCAUCAAGGUCCUCCCAUAGCGUCCCGCCUCCUCCACCGCCCUCGAGCUAUCCUCGCGCCAUGGGCGUCCCUCCUCCUCCAGUCCCGUCAGCACCCAACAGAGGAGGUGGAGGGCCCCCACCCCCACCUCCCCCACCUCUCCUUCCACCUGCUCAAACCUCAGAUUUUCCACCUUCUCCCUCCCACUCCUCUGGUGGAGCACCAGCACCACCUGCAUCCUUUGGAGGAGGAAACAGCAGGGGGGCUCUGCUCGACCAAAUCAGACUGGGGACGAGUCUCAAAAAAGUAACGGAGAGCUCUGAUCCUCCUCCACCUCCAACACCUGAGGCAGGGGAGGGCAUCGUGGGUGCUCUCAUGAUGGUCAUGCAGAAGAGGAGUAAAGUCAUCCAUUCCUCUGAUGAAAGUGAAGACGACGGCGGCGAUGAAGACGAUGACGAAGACGAGUGGGAUGACUGAUGAGGCGACUCUGGUUACUGAGGAUUCUGAACUCGAGUUUUAAACUCUUCCACAUUUUGUUAAAGGGGUGAAGUGUGACUUGUAUUUAUGGGAAUCUGCGCUAGUUAUCAGGUGAAUAAAAAAUGAACGCUUUAAUAAAUGGAGCAGAUUUUCUAAAGAGAAUUCUCUAAUUAAAUUGAAAUAAGUGAUUAACAACUCACUGCUGCAAGCUGAAGGGUGAAGACACAACGCUUUCAGUUGUAGGCUUUGAUGCAUCCAGAUAUAACACAAAUGUU